CCUAGUACUUACCAGCUUUUUCUUCUUCGCCCAAUGGCUUCUUCUUUCUCAUCUUCUCCCAAUUGGGUAUACGACGUUUUCCCAAGCUUUAGCGGGGAAGACGUCCGCGUAACUUUCCUCAGCCACUUUCUCAAAGAGUUGGAUCGGAAAUUGAUCAAGGCUUUCAAAGACAACGAGAUCAAGAGAAGUCAGUCGCUCAAACCCGAGCUUAAACAAGCGAUUAGGACUUCAAGGAUCGCGGUGGUCGUGUUUUCAGAAAAAUACCCAUCUUCCAGCUGGUGCCUAGACGAGUUAUUGGAAAUCGUGAAAUGUGAGGAAGAAUCAGGUCAACUAGUUAUACCCAUUUUCUACGGUCUGGAUCCAUCCCAUGUCAGAAAACAAACUGGAAAAUUUGGUGAUGCCUUUGCCAAGACUUGUCAUAAUAGGGCAGAGGAUGAAACAAAACUUUGGCGGCAGUCGUUGACCAGAGUAGCAAAUAUACUUGGAUAUCAUUCUAAAAGUUGGCAUAAUGAAGCAAACAUGAUUGAAGCAAUUGCCAACGAUGUUUUGGGUAAACUAAAUUUAACUCUAUCGAAAGAUUUUCAGGACUUUGUCGGAAUAGAAGAUCAUAUCGCAAAGAUUAGUCUCUUAUUGCAUCUGGAAUCCGAGAAAGUGAGGAUGGUUGGGAUAUGGGGUUCCUCAGGAAUUGGCAAGACUACUAUUGCUAGAGUUUUAUAUAGUCGCCUGUCCCAUCAGUUCCAAAGUAGUAUUUAUGUAGACAAGGCUUUCAUAUCAAAGAGUAUGAGAAUUUACAAUAGCGCUAACCUUGACGACUACAAUAUAAAGUUGCACUUACAAAGAUCUUUCUUAUCUGAAAUUUUAGAUAAAAAUGACAUAAAAAUACAUAGUUUAGGUGUAGUGGAAGAGAGGCUAAAGCACCAUAAAGUUCUUAUCUUGAUUGAUGAUUUGGAAGAUCAAAUGGUGCUAGAUACUUUGGUAGGUCAAUCUCAAUGGUUUGGAUUUGGAAGUAGAAUCAUUGUGAUAACAAAAGAAAAGCAUUUUUUAAGAGCCCAUGGGAUUGAUUAUAUAUAUGAGGUAUGUAUCCCAUCUAAAGAGCUUGCUCUUGAGAUGUUUUCCAGAUAUGCCUUCAGGCAAAACUGUCCACCUGAUGAUUUGAUGGAGCUUGCUUCUGAAGUUGCAUUGUGUGCCGGUAAUCUUCCGUUAGGUCUUAACAUUUUGGGUUUGUAUCUAAGGGGUAGGGACAAAGAGGACUGGAAGGAUAUGUUGCCUAGCCUUCGUAACAGGUUGAAUGGAAAGAUUGAGAAAACAUUGAGUGUGAGCUACGAUGGGCUAAAUAACAAAAAAGAUGAAGCAAUAUUUCGUCACGUUGCAUGUCUUUUCAAUGGUACAAAUAUCAGUGAUAUCAAACAGUUUCUAGCAGACAGUGACUUGGAUAUUAAUAUCGGGAUUAAAAAUCUCGUUGAGAAGUCUCUUAUCCAUGUAAGAUAUGGUAUCGUGGAGAUGCACUGUUUGCUACAAGAAAUGGGUAAGGAGAUUGUCCGUGCUCAAUCCAAUGAACCUGGAGAACGGGAAUUCCUUAUGGAUUCGAAGGAUAUACGUGAUAUACUUGAAAAUAAUACCGGUACUAAAAAGGUUUUAGGUAUAACUUUGGAUAUGGAUGAGAUUGAUAAACUCAAUGUACAUGAGAAUGCUUUUAAAGGGAUGCAUAAUCUCAUUUCUUUAAAAGUCUACACGAAGAACUGGGACCCGAAGAAAGAAGUAAGGUGGCACUUACCGGAAGGCUUUAGCUAUUUACCCCACAAACUUAAACUUUUAAGGAUGGACGGAUACCCAAUGAGAAAUAUGCCUUCUAACUUUUGUCCAGAAAAUCUCGUUAAUCUUCAAAUGCCAGGGAGCAAACUCGAGAAGCUGUGGGAAGGAGUUCCGACACUUAGAGGGCUCAAGGACAUAGAUUUGCAAAGAUCUAGAAAUUUGAAAGAAAUUCCAGAUCUCUCCACGGCCACUAAUCUCAAGACACUUUAUCUUCGCGAUUGUUCAAGUUUGGUGGAACUUCCUUCUUCAAUUCAAAAUCUCAACAAAUUGAAGAGGUUAGUUAUGGCAGGAUGCAAAAGUCUAGAGACACUCCCCACCGGAAUCAACCUACAAUCUCUUUAUAGGCUUGACCUCGGUGGAUGCUCACGGUUGAAGAUUUUUCCUGAUAUAUCAACCAACAUCUCACAACUCAUUCUAAGCAAAACAGGGAUCGAAGAAUUUCCCUCUAUCUUGCGUCUAGAAAAUAUUCUGAGUCUUAGCAUGCGUACAAUGAAGAUUGAGAAUUUGUGGAGAAGACUACACCCGCUGACACCUCUCAUGACCAAGAUGUCUCCCACUUUGGAGAGAUUGUUUCUCUCGGAUAUCCCAAGUUUGUUGGAGCUUCCUUCUUCUAUCCAGAAUUUCAAUAAACUUGAGUAUUUGGGAAUCAUAGACUGCGUGAAUCUCGAGACUCUUCCCAUUCACAUCAACAUUCGAUCUCUUUGUCACCUUGAUCUCACUGGAUGCUUACGUUUGAGGACUUUUCCUGAUAUCUCGACCAACAUCUCCCAACUUUCUCUAACCCGAACAGGCAUUGAAGAGGUUCCUUGGUGGAUCACAAAAUUCUCUAAGCUCUCAUACAUACGUAUGAAUGGAUGUCAGAAAUUACGGUGUGUAUCCCUACACAUUUCUAAACUAAAACAUCUUCAUACAGUUGACUUUUCAGGCUGCGGAGCAUUGAAUAAAGAUAGCUGGAAUGAUAGUGUAAGUGAUGUGGCAACAGACAACAUUCACUCUACAUUAACUGUCGGCCUCGACCAGCCUUCAUCUUAUUUUCCGGACAAUUUUAUCAACUGCUUCAACUUGGAUCAAGAAGCUAUGCUUCAACGACAAUCAAUUUAUUCCAAGUUCAUGACCUUGUCAGGUGAAGAAGUGCUUUCAUAUUUCACGCACCGUACUACUGGAACUUGUUUGACCAAUGUCCCACUACUUCACACCUCUACCUCUCAACCGUUUUUGAAAUUUAAGGCUUGCGCCGUGGUUGAUCCCAAAUCUUCUCUUCAUGGUCAUUUUACCUUUGACAUCCUCGUAGCUUGUCGGUUCAAAGAUAGACUUGGGAACCACUUUGAUUCCCCUUAUCGACCACGUAGGUUUUGGAAAAGUGAGAAAGGUAUUUUCCUUGUUAUAUUUGAGUGCUCUAUCCUUCUAAACGAAGACAAUGCUUCUGUAGAUGAACAAAACUACGAUCACGUGGAUAUACAGGUUCAUAUUAGUAAUAGUAGUGAUUCUACGUUCACAUUAAAAGGAUGGGGUAUACGCCUCUUCGAGGACUUUUCAUCAAUGGAGAAACGUCUUGGCAACGGAAAUACUCUUCCACAUGUUAGUGAAGCCGAUGAAGACAAUAUGAUUAAUGAAACUUAACACAGUGAAGAGCUUGGAGACAGUUGUGUAGAGACAGAGAAAAGAAGGAAGGGAAUGCUUACCAGCAUUAAGCAUGAAGAAUGUGGAGACAACACCGUAGAUAGAAGGAGAAGCAGGAAAAGAAUGCGAGUGCUAAACAUGUGACAUAAGCUUUAUAAAAAUACAAUAUUACUUUGUAGGUUAAGUCGGAAAUGAUGAUAUACAAUAUUAUAAUGACUAAACUUUUUCUGCAGAUUAUACUGGGAAGAUGACUAUUCAAGAAAUUACUAACUUGCUUUGCCAAACCGCAAGAUAAAUAAAAUAAGCUUGUGAAGCAAAUGGGGGAUUACAUGAAGGAGUUUUGAUUUGUUGAAUGUGAAUCUUCGAAAACCUAUGAAAUGAGUAAGUGCAUGUGCGGUAAAAAGAACCUCUAUGAAUCUCAUAAAUAUAUUAUUUUAAUAAAUUUUGUGUAAUUUUAUUUUUAUUUAAAAUUUAAAUU